AUGGAUGCUCUGCAAGUUAUUGCUUCUGCAACACAGAUAGUUUCAAGCAUGGUAAGUGCUAUAUCUGCAUUAGAACAAGCAUCUAGAAAUUUCGAUGAAGCUCCAAAGAGAAUUCGGAGCUUAGAGGAAUUUGUCUGUGAUCUUGAAAACUUGAGUCGCCGAAUUAAGCAAAAACAUGUCAACAAGCUUCAUAAUCCUCAAUUAGAUUACCAAAUCCAAAGCUUGAAUUCCCUGAUAGAACGCCUACGUCCAAAUAUCAGCAAGGCCAGGAGAAUGGUGUCAAAAAAUAAGGUUAAGAACAUAGCUAAGGUAGUUUGGACUUCUAUGGCUGGAGAUCCACUUGAGAGACUAGUAAACUCAAUAAGGGAUGACUUGAAUUGGUGGCUUGAUUCUCAAACAAUGGUUCACCAUGUUGAGAAAGCAAUAGAAUCAACUGCACAAGACACCUCAGUUCAACUGAAAAUCAAGACCGAACAAGGCUACCCAGUUUCGAGUAAAUGUUAUUUUGUGAGGGAUUUACUGGAACAAGAUGGUUCUCAUCGAGUCAUUCUAAUUGUUGGGCUAUCUGGUAUUGGGAAGUCUUUUUUGGCUCGUCAAGUAGCUUCUGAUCCUCCAGAGAAAUUCAUGGAUGGUGCAGUUGAACUUGCUUUUGGCCAAUGGUGCAGUAGAGCUGCUUGCAACAGAAGUAUAGGUGAAUACCAGAGGCGCUUGGCAAGAAAACUGUGUAAAUUUCUGGUGCAGAUCGGAUUUUGGAAGAAGAUUAAGGAUGAAUGUUCUGGAGACCUUGAAUAUAUUGGUUGUUUGCUUCAACAAGCCUUGUAUGGGAAGAGCAUUCUUAUUCUUCUCGAUGAUGUAUGGGAGCAGGAUAUCAUUGAGAGAUUUGCAAAGUUAUAUGAUAAUGAUUGCAAGUACCUUGUCACAACAAGAAAUGAAGCUGUCUAUGAAAUAACAGAAGCUGAAAAGGUGGAACUAAGCAAAGACGACAUAAAGGAGAUAAGCAUGGAAGUUCUUCUCUACCAUAGCCUCCUAGGCAAAGAAGAGUUACCGCAUGUAGCGGAAAGCUUACUAGAGCAUUGUGGCCACCACCCUCUGACAGUUGCUGUUAUGGGAAAGGCUCUCAGAAAAGAAAUGAGAGCUGAUAAAUGGGCACAGGCCAUCACCAACUUAUCCACCUUCGCUACAUGUGCACCCGGUCCUGUAUCGUAUGUGAACGAAAAAGAAGCUGAGAAUGCAGUAACCAUUUUUGGGUCCUUUGAGUUCAGUCUAGAUGCAAUGCCUGGAGACUCUCGAAAGCUCUUCAUUGCUCUAUCGGCUCUUUCAUGGGUAGAACCUGUACCAGAAGCUUGUGUUGAGGCUGUCUGGUCAGUUCUUGGGCAGGAGACCUUGUUCCCUCUCAUAGUAUGCAAGCUUGUUGAAGGCUCUUUGCUUAUGAAAAUCGAUACAGAUCCCUUAUACUUGGUACAUGACAUGGUGGCUCUGUACCUUGGUAGCAAGUCAAACGAUUCGGUGGAGAUACUACUAAAUGAAUCCACACCUGAAGAAACUGCAUUCAUCUGCCCUUGGCUUCUUAUAUUUGGGAAAGAGAAAGUAAAAAGUUUUGCUGAAAAGAAAAUAGUGCAUUUCCUCAAUGCUUUUGAGGAAAAGCAGGUGAUUAUCACAUUAAAGGCCUCUAUCCAGGCUCUAAUGGCUAGCAAAUCCAUUUCUGAACUUGAAGAAAGUAGAGCAAGCUUUAGUAGCUUAUUGGGUCCUAGGACUGCAGACCUGAUCUCUACAGAAUCACAGAGUCUGAUUGCUGUAUCUGCACAGGCCAUCACCACUGUAUUUAGCAAGAAUGAUUAUUGCAAUUAUUUUCCAUCCCUUGAAGCUACUGGUGCAGUCAGCAAGUUGACAAUAAUCUUAGAAACUUGUGAGGACCCUUUGAUCCAAACAGAUAUUUCAAUUGUCCUCGCAAAGCUUGCAGAAUUCGGAAGCCCAAACACAGUCGAGAAGGUGCUCUGGAGCAUUCCAUUCAGUCGUUUGGCCAAUUUGCUCUCUCCAACUGCUGAGGAAUGGCAUGAGAGCAUGUUUACCAUAUUGAUGUCGUUAACCAAAUCUGGGAAAUCGAAAGCCGUCGAGAGAAUGCUUGCUUUUGAGAUUGAUAAGAAUCUUCUUUUGCUCCUUGCGAAUGGAUCUGAAGUAGCUCAACAUCAUGCCAUAGUUGCAUUGAAGGCAUUUUAUGAGUUGGGAGGCCCUCAUGUGUUAAGGUCUCUUGAACCCACAAAUCUAAACGUUUUGCCAUGGCAAGCUAGACAUUAUUUGGAAAGAUUUGCUUUGAAAGAUCAAAAUGUGCCCCUUCUACCGAAGUCGCAAACUUUUGAAGAUGUCAUUCAUAAGGUACUAGACAGAGAUAACGAGAUGGUAUUGGAGGCAAUGCAAGAUCUCAUACCAGUUGUGGAGAAAGCAGGAGAACCAGGAUUCAGAGACAUGAUUACAAAAAGUCCACUAAUCAAACGGCUUUCCGAACUCUUGCAGCCCGGACAGUAUGAACAAAAUUCAAUGAUUUCUCAAUCUGCUUUUCUAUUGACGAAGCUAGCUUGCUCUGGUGGAGAACCCUGCAUUAAAAAGUUUCUAGAGUAUGAUAUUGUACCCAAACUAGUUAAGAUGAUGCAUUGCAGCAUUGCAGAAUUGCAGGAUGCAGCCUACACAGCACUACACCAGAUGCUUUUUGGAAGUGGUGGCGCUCUCGUUUUGAACCAAAUCCUUAAGAUGGGUCUCAUAGAGAGGAUGGUUCAAUCACUGGAGAGCAAAUCAAUGAAGACCCGGGAAGUGAACAUGCGGUGCUUCUUAGAUAUUGUGGAGCUCGGAAACAAAUCCUGCAUAGAGCUCAUGUUUUCUUUGCUAGUGGUGGAGAAGCUUGUGAAAAUAGAAAAGGCUAGUGCGGGGUCUGGGGAAACCUUGCUUGGAUUUCUGAAGGGCAUAGAUAAGUGUAAGCACCUUUCUACGGCAGAGCGCAGAGUGAUGAAAAAGCAAGUGGUUAGGAAGAUAAGGGCUUCCCUUAAAGGCCAUAAAUUUGAAGGUCAGAUUUUAGGAGCUGUUGAUGCUUGUGUAUCUGAGGGCUCAAAAUCAGGUAGCAGCAGCAGCAGUGGUAGCAGUAGUCGUAGACACAAAAGGUCAUAA